AUGGACAUGCGGAUACGAAAGCUAUAUUGUCAACUCCUUUGGCUGGGAAUCUUUUCGCUUGCUUUGUCCGCGCCACAAAAGUUUGAUGUGUAUGUUGCUUCCGAUCGGGGCAUUUCUCAGGCCAAACUUUCUUAUCUCGUCAAGCAGACUGAAAAACCUCCACUUGUCUACUCUACUAAGGAGAAUCAUGGUCCUAAAUUUUUACUUGCAAACACUGCUGCGAAUAAUAGAAUUGUGCCUUCCGGUGCUGAAAACUCCAAAAACUUUCGUCAAUAUAUCAACAGUAGGCAUUAUUCUGCAAACAAACAAAGAUUUGCAAGCAGACCAAUUACAGAAAAUAUACAACAAAGUAUUUCAUCUGGAUUUAAGUACAACACCCAACCAAGUGUAAGAACGGGCGACUUUUCAAAUGGACAGAAAUCCUUAACAAAUCAAUUGGACCAAUCUUCAAGCAUAACGAAAGAUUCCAUAAACAGUGCGUCGCUUCUAUCCCCAUCCAAACGCAACACGCGUAGCAACAAGUCUCCCAGUAUUUUAUCGAGUAUGUUCAGGAAUAUGAAAGGGUUCCGUGAUAUUGUUCCCCCGACCAAUCAGCUCCAGAGACCUCGUGACAUUUCGUCCUAUUGGCCCGAUAUAGCCAACGAUAGACUUCAGCCCAUCAUUAAUGAUGUCAUGUUUCAGGAGGAAGAUGACCGGGUAUUGAAAAGAAGUGGCCAUGUCUUUCUUCCUCCCUUGUCAACAACAGAAGUCUCGACAGAGAAUCAAAACUCAAUGUCUGCUACAAUUACAUCAGUCUACAGAACAGAACAAAACAGUAAUGUGGAUUUGCAGCAAAGUAGUUCCUCAUUAGAUAUUCAGCCGAAGCACAAAAUUGAAAGCCAUCCAAAUUCCAGUGAUGACGUUUAUCAACUUCCCAUUCAUUAUAAUAUCUUAAAUCCAAAAAUAGAAAUCCGUGAGGACAGAAACCAGCAAACAACUUUUUCUGUGAAUCUAGACAAAAACAUCGACACAGGAAAAAUUAUGAUCUCUUAUACAGAUUCAAAAACACCCAAUUAUAGUUUUGGAGAAAAAGAUUUACAUAAAGUUGUAAAAAAUGCAGACAUAAAAGGCACGAUUGGCGAAACACUUAAAGGAAUGGCGCAUGAAACAAAGAAAGAUUUGGUACACCUCCUUCUUCACAAAUUUCCUUACAACACGAGAGAAAUUUCAUCAAAACCGAAAAAUAUCCGGGAAAGAGGCAAAAAUUUUAUUGAUAAUGGAAAAAUGUAUCAAACUUUAUAUCGACUUGCGAAAGCCAUUCCUUUAAAUAAGGUAUCAAAUGAGAUUGCGAUAAAUCAAACAGCAAUAGAAUCGGACACAUUCAGUAAUAACAUUGGGGUUGUAAAUAACACAAUGAUCCAACAACAUGAAAGCCCGAAGAAAUCUAGUGAAGGAAAAAAUGAUCGCUUUGUGACCAAUGAAAACACAACGAAAACAACGACUCCGUCUAUACCAGGAAAUUCUAUUAUUUCUCAAUCUAGUUCUUCUCCUGCGGUUCAAUCUUCAACUGCUUUAAUUGCCACAAAAAAUAAAAACACAAAGCAAUCGAACGUUGAACAACAAAAUAAAUAUUACAACAAAUUUCCUCCAAAAAGCAAUUCAGUGUUAUCAGUGACGUCAAAUGCCACAAAGGAAACACUGGUCCGUAAAAAUAACACAAGAAUUCACAGCUCCACAUCGGCCUCCCCUUCCUUUGUCUUAGCAAAUCUGCAAAGCAACUUGGAAGUUAAAGUAAAACAGAUGGAUAUGGCUACAGUGAGGACAUUGGAUGAUUCUGGGGCUCAUGUAUUUGGUUUUCAAACUACAGAAAAGAAUCCAUAUUCAUUUACCCAAAUAAUUACUUCAGGAACAUUGAAGGGCAAUCCAUUUAAAUCAACCUCCACCCAAAGCAAAUCUUAUCCUUCCACUACAGUAACAGCUGGUGAAAUUCAAAAUACUGGAACUGAUGUCACCAGUACGAAUACUUCAUUGGUGUCGGAAACUACGGGAUAUUUAAACAAUAGUACAGACCGUUUGCCUACAAUUGCCACACCAAAUACAACCAAUUUAACUAAUUUAUUGCCGACAUUCAUCUCUGAAAUAACAAAAUCUUCUGAAAAUAUUACUGAGGUAUCGACGAUGAAAACAAUACAAUAUAUGAAAGACAUCUCCAAUGUUGAAAGCCUAAGUGGAACAACUUUACCCCCAAAUAUUUUAGGAAGUCAGUAUCUGGAAAAUCUUGAUGAAAACAAAAACAACUUUGUGACAUCAGCUCAAAAAGUGGCGCCAAAUGAACUUUCAAUUGAUCUUGAAGAAAUCAGUGAUUAUAUUGAGCAAUUCAUAAAUAUCAAAAACAAGUCCAAGCGUCUUGAAAAAAUACAAAAAGACACGACAAUCGUCAGCACCAUCAAAGAUCAUGAGAACAAGGAUGCCAAAGAUAUUGAAAACCGGGAUAUCAAAGGCUUUGAAAACAAGACUGUCAGAGGAGACAAAAACAAGAUUUUCAAAGGUAGUGAACUCAAAAGUAUUGAAAACAAGGAUAUCAAAGCCAAUCAAAACAAUGAUAGUGAAAACAAGGAUGGUAAAGUGAGUAAAAACAAGGAUGUCAGAGUGAGUAAAAACAAGGAUGUCAAAAGAAGUAAAACCAAGGAUUUCAAAAGCAUUAAAAACAAGAGUGUGGAACAUAAAGAAAACAAAGAUGUCAAAAGCAAUAAAAACAAGGAUGUAAAAAGCAGAAAAAACAAGGAUGCUGAAAGCAGUAAAACCAAAGGUGUGAAACGUAGUGAAAAGAAGGAUGUCAAAAGCAGUAAAAUCAAGGAUACGAAACGUAGUGAAAAGAAGGAUGACAAAGGAAGUAAAAAGACGGAUGUAAAAGGAAGUAAAAACAAGGAUGUGGAAGGAAGUGAAAACAGGGAUAUAAAAGGAAGUGAUCAUAAGAAUGUCAAAGAUAGUGAAAUCAAUUAUGUCAAAGGAGGUGAAACCAAAGAUGUCAGCAAAGAUGGAAUAGGAAGUAAAAAUAAAGGUGUAAAAGGAAGUGAAAAGGAGGAUGUAAAAGGAAGUGGGAAAAGAGAUGACAAAAGUAGUAAAAGCAAGGAUGUUGAACGUAGUAAAAACAAAGAUAUCAAACGUAGUGGAAACAAGGAUGUCAAACGUAGUGAAAACAAAGAUGUCACAGUUAGUGAAAACAAGGAUGUCAGAGGAAGUGAAAACAAAGAUACCAAAGGUAGUAAAAACAAAGAUGUCAUUAUACAGAUUCAUUCUACCGCUCAAAAUUACUCCAAUAAUCAAGAAAAUAAAGAUAGUUCAAUACUUUAUACAAAUGGUCACCAACCUUUCCCUGUGAAAGCUUCUGAGGUAGAUAUUAAAGUCAAUAUCAGACAAGACGGUAAAGAAAUUGAGGAUUUGGUUUCCAUUGAUACAAGUAAAGGUAAAUACGAACAGAAUACACCUAUUGUCGAUACAUCAAAUACUACAGUCGAAUUUAGAGACGGGAAAACACUUUAUGACUCGGUCUUAACAGCAACAGAAAAUUCUACAGGCAAUGGAAAAGCAGAUUUGUCUUCAAAAAGUAAAACAUUACAAAGAAUGAAUGUAUCAUCAGGGAGCACAAGAGGUGACAUUAUAGGAGCUUCGGACUUUGAAAAGUUUGAUUCAGUUGCCAAUCCUAAUUUGAGAAGAGAAGAGGUAAAUUUUACAUUGAACAUUACCAUUCCAACAGUUACUAAAAGGAACAUUGAACAAAAUAAAUCUAAGAAUAUUUAUAGAGCAGAAGCAGACAUAAAUAAGAUCACAGCCAUUGCAUUGGACAACAAUAUAACUGGUACAAAUGAAAAAGAAGAUGGUUCUCAUGCAGAAAAAGUCAUUAAUGAAAACAUUGCAAAGGAAACUCAGAAUCCUAAAAAACUGGGAACAAUUAAAAGAAGAAAAAGCAAAAACAAUUUUAGAAACGGGGAGAAUAAAAGUCAAGCAGAUUUGAGAAGCGGCAUUACAAUAACAGAGCACAAUGCAGAAAAUGCCACGAUGAAACACAGUGACAAAAUAAAAAUCUCCAUUACCAAGAAGAGAAAGGUUAAAAAAGAUAGCAAGAAAUCGAGCAAAAGAAGGACUGGGAAAAACCAAAAUUCCUCAGAUACAAAGAAGAAAACUCCUACAGAAAGAUAUGUCGUGUCAACUGAAACGGUCUCCAGCGGAAAGGGAAAUAAAUUCAAAACAUUGAAAAACGUUUCAGGUAAAGAAAAGAAAGAGAAAGAAAAGAAAGAAGUGAAACAAGAAACUGCAUGGCUGAACAAGACUGUAGAAACUCGUACCAAUGAAAGAAAUGAGUUGACAGAGGAAAAGAAAAAAUUAAAACAAAAAGUGUCCAAACUGAAAACCGACGUUAUAAAAAGAGAUAGAGAGAAAACCCAUUUUACUACAAUUAAAAAGAAAAGGAAGAAAGUAAAUGAGAAAGCGAAAAAGAAAAGGACCUCAUCCCACAAAUCAAGUGAUAUAAAGAAAAACAAUACGAUUGAAACAGAGGCUUUAUUUAAACAGAAAGGAUUCCAACCAGCCAAAAAGUCUCACAAAGAUGAAGGGGGAAAUGUUUCAAUAAAAGAGACAACAACAAAAGAGAAAAAUGAUACGGAACAAAUGAAACAAAGGAACGAUCUGUUCAAGAAAAUCAGCCCAAGAAAAGAGCAAAAUGUGUUGAAUAAACAAGAAAAUAAAAGACAAAAUCCAAGAAGUAAUAUACAGAAAAGUAAUCAAACAGAGGCUAAAAGCGUCAAAAAGAAAAUAGAGGAUAAAAGUUAUCCUACAAAUACUACAAUGAAGCUGGUACCUGUAUCUAAUAAAAAAGAAAGGGAUAAUGCGUCACAAACCAGGGACACAAGGAAUCCAGUAUUUGUAGAGUCAAACAAAACUGCAAUGGCUAGAGAAAGAAAAGGUAUAAAAGUUACAACUAUAAACGAUAGUAAAAGUCAAAAUAUAUCGACAAACACGACUAUGGAAAAAAAGAUUGCGAAGAAAACGGUUUUGAAGAAUAGGGAAAAGAAACAGAGUAACAUUACGCAACAGAAGAGUAAUAGAAAAAACAAACAAACAAAAGAAAUCAAAACUUCGAAUGAAAAUCUUAUUGAAAAUAUGAAGAAAUCCGAGGUAGGAAGAAAUGCUACAAAAGAAGAAGAUGUAGCAGGAGGCAACUUAAAUAAAACAGUAUUAUCAACUGAGGUUCCCGUAAAUGUCCGAGAGGAAUUGAAAAAGAUUGUUAGUCAUAAAGCGGAGACUCAGGUAAAUAAAGUAGCAUUGAUAAGACAAGAAGCCCCCUCAAUAACAGCUAGAACAUCAACAGAAGUAAUCCCACUACAGACUGUUAUGACAACUUUACCUUCGCCAAUACCAAUGACAGGUGGAGGUUCUGUAGUGAAUUCUUUGUUUCCUAGAAUUACAAAAUCCUCGUCUGGUCAAGUAAAACAAACCAUGUCUAACCGAAUUAGUGAUUCCAAAAUACCGUACGGUUUGGUGUCUUCGGUAGAAGGAUCCGUAGACACGCUACCGACGGCUAAAGCAUCACUUAUUCAGACAUCUAACAAUGAAGAGACGAUGAACACGUUGUUCGACUACAAUACUUUAAAUCAAAAUGCAUCUGAAAGAAUGGUUCAGCCACAAACUACAAAGACAGAUAACAAUACAGCUUUACCGUUAGGGGAAAGAGAUUAUUCGUUUCCUUUACAAACAAACAGGAUACUAAAUGAGCGCAAAAGAGACGGAUCGCAAAACGCAAAGGACGUUGACUCGGUGUUAAAGUCACCUGUAUCUGGAAAUCAGCUGGAGUCACUAAUGCCCCCGCCUCCUAUUAUUCCAACAUCAACGGCCAGAACAGCAACAGAACAAAUCAUUCGAUUCAUCGGGAAAGCGUCUGACCUUGUAGAAAAACUGAAUGAGAAAAAGAAGAGAGUGUCGAAUAUGAUGGUAAAUAUUGAGCAUGAGAAAGGAAAUACUCUACAACCUACCUCAGAAGCAGUAAAAAUAUAUUACAAUUCAUCUACAGAAAGAGCAAAGAAUUUAACAGAAAAUAUUCCAAAUGAUUAUCAAAAACCAGAUCCUCUAAACAAGAAUCACAACAAAGUUAACACCAAGCAAUAUGAUGCGGACAAAGAUCUUGGCAAAGGACAACGAAUUUUAGAAGAUUAUAGAAAACUUUUGAUUGAUAACAGAAAGAGUAUUAAAACUUCCGCUUUUGAUUCCGACGUAAAUAGCUUACAUCAAAAUGUUCUUAAUGGAGUUAAUUCUAAAUCAAUAUUUAAUGGGGUUAAAAGAAAUGGAGAACAACCAUUUGUUGAAUGGUUAGCUCGUCGGGAUAAUCUUCAUUUGAAUAAAGGUAUUCCUCCACAAAUUCCCACGAUUCAAGAUGGGUCAGAAAAUGUGAAAUCUGAAGUUCGCUCAGGUAAUACUAUUCCAGAUAUCCUCAAAUCAAACCUUAAUACUAGAGGAUUCAUAAAACCUCUACUUCCGUCAGUAAACAGGACCUUGGGACAAAGAACGAAUUCGGCCCCAUGUAACUCCUCGUUGGGAAAGGAAGAAAUCAUGUCUCUUGCCGUGAAUGUACUUCGUCUCCUUGUAUCUAAUUUGAAAUUGCAGCAAGCUUUGCAACGUUCACAUGAGAAUAUCGUGUCGACAAAUCUCCUCAGUCGAAAGUACCUUCUGAUACCAUUACCGCAGGGAAACGCACAAACUAACCACUCAGAUCGACACGCAAAUAAGCUUGAUAAACAGAUAAUUCGAAAAGGGAGUUAUUCAUCUGCAAGUUUUUUACAAAAUCAGAUAGAAUCUUUUCUCAAGAAAAGUCCUAUGCAAGCCAACAUGGAUCAAACACCUCAAGUUAAACAAAGGUUAAUUCGAAAAAGGCCAUCUGCUGGUCCAUUGAGCCAUAAGGUGUCUUCUGUGGUAGACAAGAAAAUAAAAAGAAAAGUCAUUCAUAAACACGGAAAAGGAAUUCUUCAAAAUACAUUGUAUAACAAUUUGUCUACUAGAAGCAAGCAACACAAAGAAAAGGCAACAUACCGGGAAAAUGAAAUGAAAGAUGACAAUGUUGAAAAUCAUUUACCAAAACUAGAAACACGGAUAAAAUUUCAUACAACAAAAUCGAAAAAAAAUUAA